AUGAAUACGGUUAAAAUAGCCCAAAAUGCACGUAAUGCUGCUAAUAAGCUUCAAUAUGUGACCACUCAAGAAAAGAGUGUGGCGCUUGAUAAAAUUAAAAAUAUUCUUACUGAUAAGAAACAAGAUAUUUUCAAAGCCAAUAGACAAGAUAAAGAGAAUGCUGAGAAAUUGGUAAAUGCCGAAUUAUUAUCCGUCUCACUGUUCAAGCGUUUGGAUCUUGAAAAAGGAGAUAAAUUUGAUACUAUGCUUAAGGGAAUAUCUGAUAUCGAUCAAUUACCAGAUCCUACUGGCCAAAUUACUUACUCUAGUAAACUUGACGAAGGGUUGGAACUUUAUCGUGUUACCUGUCCUGUUGGAGUUUUACUAGUAAUUUUUGAAGCAAGACCUGAGGUGGUUGUCAAUAUUUCCGCGUUAGCUAUAAAAUCCGGUAACUCUGUAAUUUUAAAGGGUGGGAAAGAAUCUGCUUUCUCUUUGAACGCACUAUCAACGGCCAUUCGAUCUGCCUUGGCUGAUACCGUAAUCCCAUCAGAUGCUAUUCAACUUGUUGAAACUCGUGAAGAAAUUAAAUCUUUAUUAGAUUUGGAUGAAUACAUCGAUUUGGUAAUUCCACGUGGAAGCAAUAGUUUGGUGAAAUAUAUUCAGAGUAAUACAAGGAUACCUGUCUUGGGACAUGCUGAUGGUUUAUGUUCAGUUUAUGUUGACAAGGACGCUGAUCUUGAUAAAGCUGUUCGAAUCGUUGUCGAUUCAAAGGUCAAUUAUCCCGCUGCAUGUAACUCGGCUGAGACUCUCCUCGUGAAUCGUUCCAUUCUCUCAACACAUCUCAUACCUAUUGCUACUGCAUUACAGAAUGCUAAUGUUCGAUUACAUCUUGAUUCAGAGUCACUUUCCCAUCUUCCUACACCUACAACAAACUCUUCAUUAAUCCAGGAAUGUGUAACUGAGGAUUUCGACACAGAAUUUUUGGAUCUAGAUAUUGCAGUUAAAGUGGUUGGUAACGUAGAAGAAGCGAUUCAGCAUAUAAACUCACAUGGUAGUAAGCACACAGAUUCUAUCGUCACGGAGAAUGAUCAAGUUGCAAAGAGGUUCAUGCAAGGCGUUGAUGCUGCAGGUGUUUAUUGGAAUGCGAGCACCAGAUUUGCUGAUGGUUUUCGGUAUGGCUUCGGAGCUGAAGUUGGGGUAAGUACUAACAAAACUCAUGCACGAGGACCAGUAGGUCUUGAAGGAUUAGUGAUUUAUAAGUAUAAACUUUGUGGUAAUGGGCAUAUCGUUGGAGAAUUUGGUGAAGGCUCUGGGAAGAAAAAAUAUUUACAUGAGAAUGUUGAUGGAACCUGCAAGACCGUUUUGUAA